AUGAGAAGGUUCCAAAUUACAGUUGCUCUUCUCGACGCUCGCAAUAUAUUCAGCAGAUAUAUUGAUACGGAUGCUGCUUGCAGCAUAUCUCUUCCAAAGAAGAUUUCAGAACGCAUAUUUGACAGACUAUCGGAACAGCCGAUUUCGUCAGACAUUUUCGAUGAAGCGAAAAAUUUCGUUCACAGUUUGUUUGACUUACGGUACUUUAAAGAUUUUGAGAAUAGUUUAUACCAUAAGAAAUAUCAGCUACAAGUUUUCUCUCGCUGGUGUAGUCUCGAUGACAUUCUGUAUGUUCCGGCUUUGUUAAAUGCGUUUUUGGAGUUUGUCGACGAUCGUCAUGAUCACGAUUGUCUCCAGUUUCUCUUAGCAUGCAAUGCUUUUGAAAAAAAUUACGACUCUCUCCCUGAUGAGGAAGCUCUUGAGGAUGCAAUGUCUAUAUAUGACAAGUACUUUUCUAUGCAAGCAAUUAGUCCUAUUCAAAUUGGGGAUACGGCUCGCAGAAGAAUGGAAUCGGAGAUAUGUUCUGAUGGUGGACGCCCACUGCACUCCUCGUUUCAUUCCGCGAAGCAAUACUGCUUUCUGAGAAUUCACGAUGUAUGUCUUUGGUGUUGUUUUGGUGUUUUCCCCAUUCCGGCAGC